UCGCUUGUCUUUCGCUCUUCCUAUUGGAGGCCGGCCUCCCCUGGGGGCGGGCGCCGCCGGGAGGCGGAAGCGGCCGUAGGCAUGGCGGCGGCCGUGCGGCUUGCGCUGCUGGGGCUGCUGCUCCCGGGGCCGGGCGGCUGGGGGCAUGCAGGACCCCCACGCGACAGCCUGCGGGAAGAGCUCGUCAUCACCCCGCUGCCUUCUGGGGACGUAGCCGCCACAUUCCAGUUUCGCACGCGCUGGGAUUCCGAGCUGCAGCGGGAAGAAGUUUCUCAUUAUAGGCUCUUCCCCAAAGCCCUGGGGCAGUUGAUCUCCAAGUAUUCUCUCCAGGAGCUGCACCUGUCAUUCACACAAGGCUUCUGGAGGACUCGAUACUGGGGGCCACCCUUUCUGCAGGCCCCAUCAGGUGCAGAGCUCUGGGUCUGGUUUCAAGACACAGUCACUGAUGUGGAUGAAUCUUGGAAGGAGCUCAGUAACGUCCUCUCCGGGAUCUUCUGCGCCUCUCUCAACUUCAUCGACUCUACCAACACGGUCACUCCCUCUGCCUCCUUCAAACCCCUAGGGCUGGCCAAUGGCACUGACCACUACUUCCUGCGCUAUGCUGUGCUGCCCCGAGAGGUGGUCUGCACAGAGAACCUCACCCCCUGGAAGAAGCUCCUGCCCUGUAGUUCCAAGGCAGGCCUCUCUGUGCUGCUGAAGGCGGACCGCCUGUUCCACACUAGCUACCACUCGCAGGCGGUGCACAUCCGCCCUGUUUGCAGAAACGCCCGCUGUACCAGCAUCUCCUGGGAGCUGAGGCAGACCCUCACCGUGGUGUUUGAUGCCUUUGUCACGGGGCAGGGCAAGAAAGACUGGUCCCUCUUCCGGAUGUUCUCCCGAACCCUCACAGAGCCCUGCCCCCUGGCUUCGGAGAGCCGAGUCUACGUGGACAUCACCAACUACAGCCAGGACAACGAGACCUUGGAGGUGAACCCGCCCCCCACCACCACCUACCAGGACGUCAUUCUGGGCACCCGGAAGACCUAUGCAGUCUACGACUUGCUUGACCCAGCUACAAUCAACAACUCCCGCAACCUGAACAUCCAGCUCAAGUGGAAGAAACCCCCAGAGAAUGAGGCCCCGCCCGUGCCCUUCCUGCACGCCCAGCGGUACGUGAGCGGGUACGGGCUGCAGAGCGGGGAGCUGACCACGCUGCUGCACAACACGCACCCCUACCGCGCCUUCCCCGUGCUGCUGCUGGACACGGUGCCCUGGUACCUGCGGCUCUACGUGCACACGCUGACCAUCACCUCCAAGGGCAAGGACAACAAGCCGAGUUACAUCCACUACCAGCCCGCCCAGGACCGGCUGCAGCCCCACCUCCUGGAGAUGCUGGUCCAGCUGCCGGCCAGCUCGCUCACCAAGGUCUCCAUCCAGUUUGAGAGGGCACUGCUCAAGUGGACCGAGUACACCCCGGACCCCAACCACGGCUUCUAUGUCAGCCCAUCGGUCGUCAGCGCCCUCGUGCCCAGCAUGGUGGCAGCCAAACCCAUGGACUGGGAAGCGAGCCCCCUCUUUACCUCCCUGUUCCCCGUGUCCGACAGCUCUGGCUACUUCGUGCGGCUCUACACGGAGCCGCUGCUGGUGGGCCUGCCCACGCCCGACUUCAGCAUGCCCUACAACGUGAUCUGCCUCACGUGCACCGUGGUGGCCGUGUGCUACGGCUCCUUCUACAACCUCCUCACCCGAACCUUCCACGUCGAGGAGCCCAGCGCCGGCGGCCUGGCCAAGCGGCUGGCAAACCUUAUCCGGCGUGCCCGCGGCGUGCCCCCGCUCUGAGGCGCCCCUCGCAGCCGGGGGGGCCACACUUCCCACCGCUCGCCCGCCCGCUGGCCUCCGAAGCAAACUGCCCAGACAGGGCCGAAAGCUGUGCCGUCCAGCGUAGGAGUCGUGAGCCCGAUGUGGCGUUUGUAUUUAAAUGAAUUUAACCUAAAAAAACUCAUCUCCUCAGUUGGACUUGCCACAUUUCAAGUGCCCAGUAGGCAGAACUAGCUAGUGCUACUGUACUGGACAUGGGGAGCACCUUUCCAACACCCGAGAACUAUACUGGACAGGGCGUGCUGAAGGAGCCACCACCGUGUGGUGGAUGGAGUUUACUAGUUAGGGAAUAAAAAGUGGUUUCUUCCUUGG